AUGCCCCGCGUGCGCGCGGCCUCGCGCGUUCGUCACACUCAGUGGAAAAACGCCUGCGGAAACAGGGCGGCCGACGCAGCCAUGGGAGGCUCCGCUAGGAGGACUGGUCCGCCACGCGCUCAGCGCAUUUGCUUCGAUGCAAAGAGGAGACAAGAAUUCAUUGAAGGAUUUGCAAAGAGAAAGGCGCAGCGGCGUCAGGCUGCGCAGGAGCAAGAGGCUCGGCGAGAGAAGGAAGAACGACGGCGCCUGAAGCGACAGCGGCAAGAGCUUUUGAUGAAACAUGUCGCUGACCUGGAAGAGGCGCGCAGAAAUGCUCGAAUCGCUCACGCAAGAGCUUCCAUGGCUAACCACGAAGUGGGGAUGCUUCCUCGCCAGGAGGGAAGAAAAGGAAGGUGA